CAGUAUGCACCUGGUUGUGAUCCGCCAAUAAACACACGGAAGAAGGAGAAGAAUAGCCAAUGAGCGGCGAGUUGAUGACGGCUGAUGAUCAUAACGUUAGCCAUUGGCUGGUUCAAAAGGAAGACGAUUUGAGCGCUAACGGCUUGUUCAUUUGUGUUGCUCUGGGAACAGACGUGUUGGUGAGCUGUCGAAUAACACAUUUUGAGACUAUGGACAAAAGCGACUCCGGUGAUAAGUCUCAUCUCUACGAAUUUGAUGCCCCGUCCCACGUCGUCGACCUGGUAACGUUACAACAGGAGAAUGCAGAAAGCGAAGACAACUGGUUUGAACAACAGAGCGGUGGAACAGACGGCCACCUUAAAACUCCGAGGUCUACCCAAUCCUUCAGGAGAAGCCAUGCGUCCGACCUGCCUCGAGCCAUCGUAGCCCCGCAAGUCAAGACAGAAGGGGACUCUGUUCCUGGGACUUCCACAUCUCCUCCUUCAAACAUAGUCACAUCCUGGGGGGAUCGGUCUCCUGCUCGGACUGGUGCGCAGCGAAGGACUCGGACCACUACUCAACUCCCUGCCCAACCACGCAGGGCGGAUGGGUCUCCUGCUCGGACUGGUGCACGGCGAAGAACUCAGACCACUAGUACGCAACUGCCUGCCCAACCACGCAGGGUUUCAAAACGUAAAGAGAUGACCGGCGGUCCAGCCUCACCACCGCCAAAGAAACCCAAACCUACUCCUCCUCUUGCCCGAAAAUCCAGUAGUGUCCUCCGCAGCAAGAGGCAGUCCAAUGCCAGGAAUGCACCCAAGACCCAGGUGGCGGUGGCGGCAGCAGCAGCUUCCUCUACUUCAAACGCAGAUCCGAAUAGUUCCGAACAACAGGAGCUGGAGCGCAUCCGGAUCCUCCAGAGUGAAGUUGCUCUGCAUCGCAGGAAGAACGAGGCCAGCUACAAAGCUGCUCUGGCUGGCAUUCCUCCACCAAAGAAGAUGGUGCUGUCUGCGACUGUGCCAAAGGAGUUCCACUUCAACGCAAACACCCGCGCUAAGGCGACCGCUUCAUCCAGUGCAGCCCAAAAGGAAGUGGACUUUAUCAGUCAGCUACGCAAACCCUCCUCCCAAGCAAAGGCUUUGAGAGGUGCCACAGUGCCCAAACCCUUCAACCUGUCGACAGGCAACAAGAGAGAGGCGGACGAGCCGGCUGCCUACGUGCCCAUGGCCCAGCAGAUAGAGCGCUACCAUAAACGAACCCCUGAACGCUACCAUCUGCGCAGCCGCAAUAGUCGAGAUGGAGGGCCGUGCGCAGUAAAGGGUGAUAAGCUGAAGCUCACGCAGCCUCACACGCCACACCUGUUGACCCGCCAGAGGAGCCGGCCGACCACCGUUAAGAGCAGCGCUGAACUGGAGGAGGAAGAAGUGGAAAGACUUCACAAGUUUAAGUUCAAUGCCCUGGAGCUGAACAAGAAGAUUUUGGAGGGUGCAGAGUGCCUGAAGAGGCCAGCAGUGAAGGAACCCACCGUGCCUGAAGGCUUCGAGCUGCAGAUUGAUAAAAGGAUCCAUGAGAGACAGGCGACCAAGAAGCCUGAGGAAGGAGAAGAGAAGACUCACACCUUUAAAGCCCAGGGGCUGCCCAUCAAGAUCCUGGAAGGAGUAGUGGGCUUGCCGGAGAAGAAAGUUGUGAACCCCACUGUGCCAGAGUCUCCGGCCUUCCUCCUGAAGAAGAGGGUUCGUAAGAACGCCGAGGUCGAGGAGGUAAAGCAGCCCUCGCCCAUCAAGGCCCCCCCAGUGCCUCAUUUCGGGCUCCCCUUCCAGCCCCAGCUGCAGGAGAACCACCACGUGGAAGUGUGUCCGUUCUCCUUUGAGGAGCGAGAUCGAGAGAGGAGAGCUCUGAAAGAGAAGAAGCUGGAGGAGCAGAGAAACGGAGAGGUUCCACACUUUAAGGCCCAGCCCCUGCCGCACUUCGACACGGUGGUCCUCCCCGAAAAGAAGAAGCUGGAGCCCACCAAGCCCGAGCCCUUCAGGCUGCUGCUGGAUGAGCGGGGGGCUGCGAAGAGCAGUCGCUGGGAACAGAUGGUUAAAGAAGAAGAGCAGAAGCGGGAGGAAGGGGUAGCAUUUAAAGCCAGGCCCAACACGGUCACUCACAAAGAUCCUUUCCAGCCCAAAAAGGAGGCCCGGGCUCCAGUGGCUGUGGAGGCCUUUGAGCUGUCGACGGAGCGGCGGGCGCACGAGCGCCAGGAGUUUGAGCGGCUGGCCAAUGAGAAGGAGGCGUUCAGGAUGCGCAUGGAGGAGAAGCAGAGACAAGAGGAGGAGCAGAGGCAGAAGGAGGAAGUCGCCAGGCUGCGGCAAGAACAGGUUCACACUGCUCAGCCCAUCCGUCACUACAAACCUGUCGCCGUGAAGAAGAGCGAAGUUCCUCUAACGAUCCCUCAGUCGCCAAACUUUUCCGACCGCUUCCGCUUGUGAUCGGCGCGCUUUUAAUUUACAGAAAUCUGCUUAUUUUACAAUUUUAAAAAAAAGUUUUCAUCUUUCUAAAAUGACUUUUUACAUCUUUUAGCUUGUUAGUCUGUAUAAUACUGGAUGUAAAGUUGUUCUGUCUGUUCCAUGUUGAGCUUUGGCUUGUAACCACGCGCUGUACAUUUUUAUUCUCUCCUGCUUUUUCUUUUUCUUUAUGACGAAAGCGCUUUACAUUUGGUCUGUGAUAACUCUCCUAGCCAUCGCAUAUUCAUCCCAUAUUCUCUCGCUCUUUGCCCUGUUUUUUUUUUGUUUUUUACUCAAUAAAAUGUUACAAAAUAUU